AAAGCGGUCUGAAGCGUUAUCAGCGGAAUUUUUGUUACAUACAGAGAGAAGUUAAAAACAGAAAAUUUACGUUAUAUACCACGAAGAGUUUGUGAUUACAAGUUGGAGUGUUCAGUUGGAAUAACCGUAAUAAAUAACGGGCAAAAAAAAAUUUAUUAUUGCAAUAAUAAAAAUAUUUAUUUUUACAUUUUAUGAGAGAAAUUCCAGAAGAAGAAAAUUCGUUCAACCGAAAAAAAAAGCUUAAAAGAAAAAAUAAUUAAAAAAGGUGUGAAAAAUUCCAUAAAUUAAAGAAAACCAAAAAUACGUAAAUAACGGUUAAUUUUUCAAUAAAUCGAGAAAAAAUAAAAAAAAAUUAAAUAAAAUGGAAAAAGAUCAAAAAGAAAAAGUAGAAAAGGUCGCCGAUGACCAGAAAAAAGAAGAAAAGCAGGAAGAAGUAAAAAAUGAUGAGGUCGAAGAAAAAGUCGAAACUCAGGAAAAACACGAGAAGAAGGAUAACAAGAAGGGAAAACAUCAUCAUCAUCAUCAUGAGCCGACACAACCGGAAAAAAUCCAUAGAUAUUCCGUUACCACGGACAGAAGCGGAGAAAUCAUUGUAACAGUUCAAGGCGAUAUCUCACAACAGGAAAAACGUGCAGUCUUUUUAACGGUUCAUGAUUUGGGAACGAACCAUUCGUCAUUCCAGGACUUUGUUAGCAGCCCGUGUAUGACAGAAAUCAAGGAACGCUCAUGUUUUAUUCAUGUCGAUGCCCCGGGACAUGCAGACAAUGCCGAAAACUUGUCAGACUCCUUUCAAUAUCCCUCAUUUCAAAUCUUGGGCGAGGAUUUGGUGACUGUGCUCGAUUUCUUGCACGUUAAGUACGUCAUUGGAUUGGGAGAGGGCGCUGGCGCCAAUGUACUCGCUCGUUUCGGGUUGGCGCAUCCCGCGAGAUGUUUGGGCCUAAUUCUCAUCAAUUGCACCGGAAGUGCAACUUCUGUCUUUGAUGCUUUCAAAACGAAGUUCAUCAGCUGGAAAACUGACAAAGACGACGUCACCCAAAGUGUCGAAAGCUUCUUGAUCUACCACAAAUUCGGACAUUAUUUACAGCAAUUAACUAACGAUAAUCCAGAUAAGGAGAAAAUUGUCGCCGAAUACUCGUCACGAUUGCAUACGACAAUCAAUAAACGAAACAUGAAGCAAUAUGUUAAGGCGUUCAUUAAUCGCAAAGACUUGAGUCUCAAGCACGCCAAAAUCGACAUCUUGCUGAUCACGGGCAUGUUGAGUCCAUAUGCGCAAGUCGUCGAAAAAUUACAUCAAGGAGUCGACAAGGAAAAAGUCACCAUGUUGAAGAUCGAACGUGCUGGCGAUGUUUUGGCUGAUGCUCCCGCCAAAGUCGCCCAAUCCAUCUUGUUGUUCUGCAAAGGUCAAGGUUUGCUCACAUCUGUCGCCAUGCCGGGUGUCGAUCGUUCUCGCACUUUCUCCGCAAGCUCUGGCGGCUCCAACGAGAGCCCGAACAACAGCCAACGUCUUUCGCGCGGCAUGUCAAUGGAGGAGUACGACAAACCAAACAUUCGACGUUUGAGCUUGACACCGAACGAAACUCUUCCUCCAAUUAAAAACUAAAUGGCAUCAUGCACAUCCCCACACAUAAAAAAUGCACUUUCAUUGGCAGAAAAUCAUCAUAACUCAUAGUAUAUAGCAAUUAACAUUGUGUAGUUGUAAUAAUGAACACAAUUCGAAACAAAAAUAAACAAAUUAACGAUUUUCACACAAUUCACAAUUAUUAAUUAAAAAUUAUAUAAAAAUAAAAAAAAUAUUCAUCAUACACAGAAAAAAGUUAAAUUUAUAUAAAAUAUAUAUAAAAAUAUAUAAUAAUGAAUAUUAUGAUAUAAAUGCUUCAAACUAUUCAAAAAUACUACUAAUAAAUAAAAAUUAAGAAAAAAUAUGCAAACUCGAAGAAUUAUAUAUUAUGAAAAAAAAAUAUAUAAUAUUUAGAAAGACAUGAUGGCUUUUGAAUUCUCAUCGUAUAAUUCUAGGCUGUAGUGACUUCCAAUUUGUUUAUUAUUAUUAUUAUAUAUAAAUAUAUAUAAUUAUAUAGUUUAUGAUUUAUUUUUAAAAAUU